GCGGCCAGAAUGGUGGCAGCGAGCAGUAUACAUUGUACUCUGCCGAGCGGACACCGCUGACGAGCGAUUUUCCCGCACAAAGUUAGUUGCCACCUUAUGAAAGGCACGCUUUCGGUGCUUACUCGCAACUCAGAUACCGUUGCAUAUCAGCAGCCAGAAUACCGCGAACCGGAGCCUUCCGCAGAUGUAACUUCUGCCAGCCGCCGCCCACCCACUUAUCCCGAUUCUAACUCAUACGAGGCAUAUCAGAAUUGCGCCAGGCCCUCUCUUCGCCAGGCGACUAAACGAUCCGUGCCCGAACAGCAGCAUUCGGAUUUGUACUAUCAACAAGGAUAUGACAUGUCCCAUCAAUCCUCUUAUCAAGUUGAUGCCCAGUACGAGCCCUCUACGUCCAACGGAAAACGGACGUCUCCCCAUUCGGACGACUCUCUCAGGCCCAAAAAACAGAAGAAACAGCGCACUUCAGAACCCGGUCCUCACCCAUCGAAACGCGGAUACAAUGCUAAAAAACGCAGUGAAGCGGCUCAAAUGACCGCUCAGAACAUCCAACUUGCUUCCUCUCUUUCGUAUCAAUCGAACGGGAAAGGAAAAGAGAGGGCUGUUGAUGCCGCUGGGCAUAUGUAUCUUGUCGAAGAUCCGACAAACCAGACUAGUGGCCAUGUUAUUCCAGAAUUGCAGCUAGCCCGGUGCAUGUCAACUCGAUACAGGACUGAGGAGUUUUCUCGCUGUGUUUCAUGUACCCGCCGCUGGGCUGGAGAUACUUGUCGAUUCCAGGGUGUUCGAUACUUUCUCAAGGAUGAGAAAGGCAAUGUCAUGGGUGUGAGCUUCGUCACAAUACCUCCCGGUGCGAUGCCCACCAUAAAGUAUCCUACGGAAUGGAAUAUCCCACUUUCGGACGAGUAUAUACGAAUCACAAAGCGGACUACUGCUCGGGCAUUGUUACCCAUUCUUAAGCAAGAAAACGAGCACAUCAUUCGGAAGGAGACCGUCUAUCGAACUCGGGAAAGCGAAGUUAGGGCAACAUGUGAUACUUGCAUGACGUCUCUCUUCUGCAAUACGUGGAUGUGCCGGGUAUGCGGACGCGAGGCCUGCGCCGAUUGCUUUGCUCAAAUUGAGGAUCUCACAAUGAACCUUCCUGAAGCUACUCAUGUGGAGAUCAUAGAGCAGCAACAGCGGCGGGAGCAACACUCGAACCGAAAUCCAUUCUUUCUCGCCUGCAAUAAGCGCCACGAACACCAGGCCAAGGAUUUCCUCCGAGUAACACGGUUUCGCAAGGAGGAAUUGGAGGACGCCAUUGUUGCGAUGGAACUUGUCAAUAUGGAGGCAGACAGAGAGUCAAAUGGCUGUGAUGCAUCCGAGAUGCCUGCAUGUGCCUCGGGUUCCAACACAGACAAAAGCGCAGUCCGAACAUCGUCUGAAGUUCAAUCGCCAACCCUGCAAACAAUCAAAUAUCCCACUAAUUAUUCGCAUCAUCAAGACCAAGAUCUCUCACACGCACUCAUACCCAAGUCGGUACUUAUCCCUGUUGUCCCUGAACCGCAAUUGUAUCCGAAUGAUUACAACCCCACCAAUAUACCAGACCUGGUCCCUUUUCAUCCGAUUCAGCGCUUGAAGCAUGAAGAGGUCACGGCUAAUGUCUUUCAUGUACAUCUGACGAACGGUCAGCCACUCUUGAUUGAGGACUUGCUAGACAAGCUGAAGAUAUCCUGGUCUCCGGAGUAUUUCAUCCAACAACACGGAGACGAAGGGUGUCUGAUUGUGGAAUGUCAGACUGACGUCCUUAAACGAGUCACUGUCGGGCAAUAUUUUGGAGAAUUCGGUCGGUACGAAGGUAGAAAUGAAUGUUGGAAGCUGAAAGAUUGGCCACCGUCUUCAGAUUUUCAGUCUGUGUUCCCGGAGCUCUACGAGGACUUCUGCCGGGCAGUUCCUAUGCCCAAUUAUGUACGACGGGAUGGGGUGAUGAAUAUUUCGUCGCAUUUUCCGUCGAACACGGUUUCGCCUGACUUGGGACCCAAGAUGUACAAUGCGAUGGCGUCAAAUCAGCAAGAAGGCAGCAAAGGCUCAACACGGUUGCAUAUGGAUAUGGCGGACGCGUUGAAUAUCAUGACCUAUUCAUGUUCCGCGCCUGAUGGUAGUCCUGGUUGUGCUGCCUGGGAUCUAUACCGGCGCGAGGACAACGACGCGAUACGGCAGUUCCUGAAACAGAAGUUUGGAUUCAAUGGUCAGGACCCAAUCCACAGCCAACAGUUCUAUCUCACGGAGGAUUUGCGUCGGGAGCUCUGGCGGCAAUAUCACGUAGAGAGUUACCGAGUGUAUCAACGACCAGGAGAGGCCAUCGUCAUCCCAGCUGGGUGUGCCCACCAGGUCUGCAACUUGGCGGACUGUGUCAAGGUGGCAAUCGAUUAUGUGAGCCCGGAGAACAUCAAUCGAUGUGAGCAGUUGACUCGUGAGUUCCGUGAACAGAACCACAAUAAACAGUGGAAGGAGGAUGUACUUCAACUAGGAUCGAUGUUGUGGUUUGCAUGGCAGUCCUGCUGUCGACAGGAGGAGACACAUCGAGAGGCAACACCGUCUGCGUGAGAUAUCAUGUACAUUGCUAUUUCAUUUUGUUUUCCUGGUUCUGUUUGUUCAAUUUCGCUGUAGCAUACUGUGUUAUUUUAUAGCUGGAGUCAUAUAUAUUACGGUAAAAUGUGACAACCUGGACGGAUAUACUUCCCGAUUCCCCUUGCUUUUGACGGUCAUGCCGAAGACUUGUGCACUGUGCAAAAAGUCGCGGGCGAUACUCAAGCGUCCCAAGACUGGGCAGCAGAUCUGCAAAGAAUGUU